GUGUGCGAGUCUACAUUUCUUCGAAAGUAGGCGGGAAAUGUGUAAUAUCGAGUGUCGAGGCAGAUCUGCUGGGUCGUGUUGUUGGGAUUCCAGCAAUUGUCACUGGAAGCUUGACUGAAGCGGCUGGAGGAAAACUGAUACUCACAUGACUGACCAGUUCCAGCGGAAGAGCAAGGACUGAACAUGGCCUUUGAGGAGAUCAGAAAGAAAGGAAUGAUGGAUGUUCCAGGUGCAGAAGGAGAGGUCAGUCUUGUUGCAGGUCGCAGCCAAAGAGAGAAGAGGCGCUCGUAUAAAGAUCUGUUGAGGGAGGAAGAAGAAAUCGCAGCACAGGUGUGCAAAACCUCCAAGAAACACCACAAGGAUUCUGAGCUUUUCCUGCUAGGAGGAGAUUCCCACAAGAAAAAAAAGAAGCACUCGAGUGAUGAUUACUAUCACAGAGAUCACCACAGCUCUGGUCAGCCUCCUCACAAGAAGAAACGCAAGUCUUCAGACCGUUCGCCCUCUCUGUCCUCGUCGUCCUCUUCUCACCCGUCCCACACCACAGACACUGCCAUGGGUCUCCUGGAGGCCAUCACGUCUCCGCUGGCUACAGGCUCCGAGCCAGCCCCUCACCUCCACAAAAAACCCUCCUACCCUCCACAUGCCUCCUUACACUCCUCCAAAGAGCGCAAGAGGGAAGGCAGCUCCAAAAACAGCAGCCACUCAUACCCGCAUUCGCGUCCGCCCAGCUCGUCCUCAUCUAAAAAACACUCCUCCUCUUCAAAAUCUCUGCUGUUUCAUGGAGGAGCUGCGAAAGGAGAGCCGCUGACGCUCUGUGAAGCUGAAGGCCUGAAGAUGAAGCUCGUUCUUUCUUCAAAAGAGAAAAGUGAAGGUGCAGGGGUGAAUGACUUCCCUGGACAGUCUUCUUCAUCUUCUUCAGGUGUCGCAGGCCAUCUUUCGUCCUCCAGCUCAAAGAAAGGAGGGAUUAAGAAGGAGAAAGACAAGGAAAAGGACAAGAUGAUGUCCAAGCCACCAAAGAAAAAGCAGCACAGCCGAGAGCCGCUGCCUGUCGUGGGGAAAGAGGUGGAGGUCGUGGGUCAUUAUAGCGGGUCUUACGCAGACAUGGGAGGAGAGAGCUCAUCUUCAGGAGGAGAACUAGAGGCUGGAGAGCUGGUGAUUGACGACUCCUACACGCAUCUCUCCAAAAAGAAGAAGAAGAGCAAGAAGAGCAAAAAGAAAAAAGAUAAAGAGCGAGACCGAGACCGAGAGAAAGGCUCCCGAGAGAAGAAACACAGCAAAGGAGGAAGUGGAGGGAAGAAAAGCAGUCAAGGUGAUCAGCCUAGAAGCCACUCCCACACUCACAGCUCAUCCAAUCACAGCUCUGCUGGUGGCAUGUACCCUAUGGCCCCGCCCACCUCAUCGCAUCAACAUCAAAGCAUUGAACUAAUUGGUGAGAAGAAAAAGAAAAAGGAGGAAAAGGAACGAGACAAACAUGACAAGGACAAGCCGAAGAAGAAGAACAUGACGGCCUAUCAGGUGUUCUGUAAAGAGUACAGGGUCAAUAUCAAUGCAGAGCAGCCUGGAUUAGUUUUCGGGGAGCUGAGUAAGAAACUUGCAGAGGUGUGGAAACAGCUGCCUGAGAAAGAUAAACUGGUUUGGAGACAGAAAGCUCAAUAUCUCCAGCACAAGCAGAAUAAAGCUGAAGCUAUGACCGUCAAGCGGAAAACCUUAACAACCUCAGACAGUAAAACUAAAGGCUCCAGUAAAGCGGUUAGUUUAGGGACAGGUUUGGCCCUUCAGGGCCGCUCGUCUCUGGGCAUGUCUUUGUCUCCAGCUCGAGUCCCUGAUGUGGAUCCAAUAGAUGCAGCAGCUCACCUGCAGCUGCUGGGAGAAUCGCUGUCUCUGAUUGGACACCGACUUCAGGAGACGGAGGGGAUGGUGGCGGUGUCGGGCAGUCUUUCAGUUCUGUUAGACUCUAUUUUAUGUGCUCUUGGUCCAUUAACCUGCUUAACAGCACAAGUUCCACAACUCAACGGCUGUCCACGCAACAUCCUGUCAAAUACUCUGGACAACAUCGCUUACAUAAUGCCUGGACUAUAAAUCUUUUUAAAGGCACUUUUAAGAGACUGGGUGACAUUUGGACACAUUCCCAGAACACAGGGCCAGACAAAGUUGUUGUUGUUUUUUUUUUUUAUUACUUUUUUGAUGGACAGACAUUCUUAGUCUAUGACAUGUUUUUAAAAAUAGUAUUUAAAAUGUUAGUCUUUUUUUAAUGUUGUAAAAAAAAGAUAUGCUAUUUUAGAGACGACUUUUGAGGUUUCUCUUUUGUGUUUGUGUCAGCGUCUCAGUGUCUGUGCUAAGAUCUGUUUGUGAGUGUGGUCUAAUUCACAUGCUUUCAUAAUGUCCAAAACAUUUUUGUUUGUUUUAUACAGAUAUGUGCAGUUUUCAUUUUAGGACCAAAUGCUAUUUUUUUCUAAUUUAACAUUGAGUUAAUUUAUAUCAGCAGCAGUUUGACUGCUCCGCCAUUGUUUGAUGUCUUACAUAUUGUAUUUUUGUAAUGUAAAUGUUGUAAUAAUAAUAAUAUUAUAGUUUUCAACUUUUAGCAUGUUUACAGGACAAGCAUGUAUAAAAUCAUU